CAGAACUGAGUAUUUCCACCAUUCAUGGCAGCCAAUCUGACAUGGAAUCCGAUUUUUCAUCUGUGCACGCCGAGGAAGUGGAUGUCAAUUUUCCAACGGAUUUCGAUAAGAAGCACAACAUAAUCAUCAACACGACCCCGCAGCUUGAAGCGCUCUCGGCCCGUUACAAAUAUAGCUUUGCCUACAAGACAUUUAGGGAACGUGUGCCCCGAAUGCUCAACGAGCUGAUGAGCUGCAUGAAGGAGAAAGAGGAUAGGAUUAUGGAGCAGUGUGGUGAUUAUGCGCGCUUCGCUCUUAGCCGGGUUCUAUGGAGCCUGGACAUCUUACGGAAUGAGGUCUUGGCUAAUGAAAUGUUCAAGCAUUUCCAUGACAAAGAUUCGGAUGCAAAUGAUUGGAAUGGAUUCAUCGAGAAACUGGAGAGGCGAGAGAAAAAUCAAUGGUUUUCCGCCAAUUGGUUGCAUGCCGAAUGCUAUUUAUAUCGACGCAUUUCGGCCGCAUUCCGGCGGGAAGAGACUCUCCGCGAUUAUGACUACUUUAGUUCGCAAAAGAUGUGCGCCGCGCGGAAUAUAGUUUAUCUGAUGCACACAGUCUUGAAGGAGUUAUCUCAAUUGUCGCGUAGUCGAGACAGUUUCCAACUGAUGCUGAAGGUAUCGCUGUGGGGUAAUAGAUAUGAUCUCUCCCUCUUCAAAGCGCUCACUGAUAAGCCGAUUGGCGAGUACGAUAAGCAUUUAAUAGAGGAUCAAUCGGCGGAUGUGUGGCGACUGCUUACAGAGGGCAUACACUCCUCCGUCUCACCUGUCACAGUUGACAUUGUCUUGGAUAAUGCGGGCUUCGAGCUAUUCACGGAUCUCCUCCUGGGUGAGUAUCUGGUCCGCACUGGACUCGUAAAAAAGGUUUGCUAUCAUGUCAAGGCCAUACCUUGGUUCGUCUCGGAUGUCACCGCCAAUGACUUUCACUGGAUGCUUCGAUUCCUUCGCGACCAUCAUAUAACUGAAAUGUCCGCCUUUGGGCGCCGACUGCUACGUCUUUUCCGAAAUCGAUCUAUGACACUGUGUGACAAUAGUUCCUUCUGGACCCGCCCUCAGGGAUGCCGAUUCAUGCGUGAAUUGUCGCCUUGUUUGUAUGUUCAUUUGAGUUUCGGCGCUUUGGCCAUUUUCAAGGGAGAUCUCAACUAUCGUAAGCUGCUCGAUGACAUCAAUUUGAAUCCAACGACUCCAUUUAGCGAGGGAUUAGGUGACUUUUUGCCCACUAGCAUUUGUGCGCUGCGUGUCAUCAAAUCUGAUCUGUAUUGUGGCAUGCCCCAUUGUGCGGUCGAGUGGCUAACCGAGAGUGAUCCCAACUGGAUGUUGUCUGGCGAGAAGGCCGUUAUUCAACUGGCCAUCAAGCCCAGGCCAUGAAUAAUUGAAAAUAUAUAUAAAAGCUUAAAUAUUUGUCUACAUACAACAUUUUCUACUGGUUAUAGAAAUGAAUAUUUUAAUCAUUUUUGUAGAAAAC